CUCGAGUUCGUGCUCGAGUCUAUUGAGCCUCGGUGGAUACCGUAUCAAAUGAAACGUCAUUUUGGAGCGAAAGUUUUCGAAACUCAUGGGAUGGACGGACAGCUGCUGGGAGAGUGUCUCCGUCCAAAUGUCCCGGCUUAUAUCGCUAAAAGCUACUUGAUAGAGUGUCGCACAGCGAUAUAAUAAGGAAGUAUAAAAAUGGAGGGACUGGAAAUGUCCGCUAUGAUACCGGCUCUUCAGGAGCUAGCUAGUGCCAGUGCUGCUGAAUACGACUCGGCGGUACAGAAACCCCGACAGAUCCUCUGCCAGUUCAUUGACAGGAUACUGGCAGAUGUAGAUGUUGUUGCUCUAGGUUUAAAUAAGAAGUCCAGUUCGGAGCCGGCUUGUGUGAUGCUGCUGGACUUUGUGCAGCAUAUAGUCAAGUCUUCGUCUCUGAUGUUUGCCAACCCUGCCUGUCAGCCUGGCGAGUUCCCGGACACCACACAAAACUGUGCUGACUUCUGUAAGUGGGUGGUGGUGCGUUUGCUCCGCGUGGGGGCGGCUCCGUGCUGCGACGCCAUUCACGGGCGAGUCUCCGCUGUGCUGUGCUCCUUGCUUCACUCUCUGAGGGUCCGGGUGCCCUUCAUCUUCAGCUGCCUCGUCGAGGAAUACGUCCUACUGGGCCAAGACCUCAGCGACAUCCUCUUCGCUCAUUUAGCCGCGCUGUCAGGAUGCGCACAGAACCAGUGGCCCGUAAAGCUCGGCCGCUUCCUCUCCUCCGCCGCGUGCGCCCCCUACCUUACCCAGACUCCUCUCGUGCUCUCGUCCCCGGCUGCCUUAGAGUGCCUGACCGCCGUCGCUCUUGGCGUCGUGACCGACUCUUUAAGGGGCGUCGUUUCCUGUCACGACCUGGGCACGGCCUGCGAGACCGCCUGCUCCGUCUUGGCCAACGGGAACACCAGACUGAGGAAGAUUUCCAUGGCGAUGUUAAGGAAACUGGUGGAGCUGAGGAAAUUCGACGACCUGCAGAACCACAGUUUCUUCGCUGCCUUCCUGCACCUUCUCAAAACCCACAACAGCUCGAAUGAGGAGGAACCCUACGGAGGAGAGCUGCUGAAGCUCACCCGCUGUUUCUUUCAGUCGCCGUUCAUUUCCCACUCGGGCUUCGAGUCCGUUUACCUCUUGCAGAUGUUCGAGUGCGUUUGCGAUCUCGGAGGAGGCGGGGUUGCGUUGGGGUCGGAGCUCACCGAGGCUCUCUGCGUGCUCUUCGGCUUCUCGCUGUCUGUCCCGAGUUCUGAAGGGGCCGCUCUGCUGAGGAGGCAGCGGGUGGCGGGUGUCUGCAGGACGCUGGCGUGCACCGUGGGGACAGAAAAUCAAGCUGAAUGUGCAGAAGGGUUCCUCCAAGCUGCACUCAAGGCUGAGAAAGCUGUUGUGAUGCAGAAGUCAGGAGAUGGAGAGACUCCUGCCAAAAGGUCCUGCAGAUCUGGCAUCAGCGAGUUGGACAUGCGUGUUGGCAGCGAGGUUUGGGCCACGCUAAGCCGUCGCCUCGAGGAGCUGCUGGCUCUUUUGGACUCAAACUCGGCAGAAGCAGAGAGCUCCCAGAGCCUGUCCGCCCUACAGGGCCUGGCCCUCAUCCUCCACCUGGCGGCCCUCUGCUCCUCACCCAUCAGCACCUCCUGUCCAUUCAUCUGGGUGUCCACUGAGACUAUGGGCCGGGUGCUGAAGAGCUGUCAGUCACUGUUAGAGGGAGCGUCUCGACCCGUCUCUCAUCAGGACCACUUUAAGUCUGCUUAUCAGUCAACCAUCAGGGUUAUCGACUCUAUUCUCUACCUGACAUUGAACAGCCAGAUAGAAGAUGGGCUCCAGCGGCGCGUGUGUGCCCUGCUGUCUCUGCCUUGGGUGUGUGACAACAAGUCUGGCUCGGCCUUCAAGGGUUCAGGGUUACCCUCCGGGCUGUCCGCCCUGGCUCAGAGGCUCAGCUUCUGCUAUUCACCUGAUGUCCAGGCAGACUGCGUGUCGCUGCUGGCCUUUCUGCAGCGUGGCGUGUGUGAGAGCUGGCGCGUACGCAUCUCCACAAACGCGCUGCGGAGUCAGAGCGAGGCGGUGAGAGCCACGGCCGUCAGGGUCUUCCCCGUCCUGCUUCAUCGCCUGGGACCCUCACACCGCGGCCUCAUCAGCACCACCCUGCUGCCUCUUCUGGCGGACCAGUCGGAGCAGGUGAAGGUGGAGCUCGCCAGGAGCGUGGGCCAGCUGACCUGCAUCCAGUCGGAGCUCUCCAAGCUUUGCGACUCCGCCGUAAAGUCCGCGUUCCUUCCUGAAGUCCUCUGCCUGCGCUGGAGUCUUGUAACGGAGCAUCCUGGGAACAAAGCGCCAGCCCUCGAAGCGUCUGUAGUUAAACCCUUUCUGACUUUACUCAGCCCACAAGCUGCCAGCUGUGUUAAACUAGCAUUUCUGGACGCCCUGCCUCACCUCUGCCGGCACGUGAGUCUGCUCGGGGAAGACGGCGAGUCCCGGGCAGCUCUCCGCGCCCUGGUCGGCCUCAUCGAGGACUCGGACCCCGCCGUCAGGACGCGCUUUAGCCAGUCGGUGCGCUUCCUGCUGACAGAGUCUCCCAAGAGCUCAGAGCAGGGCACGCUGAACGAGCUCCUAGUCGCACGUCUGAAGGAGGCAUUCAGCAACGCCAAGGCCAACAGAGACGACAACCUCCGUAACACUCUAGUCCUCACCACGGGAGAGAUCGGCAGGGCGUCUCAGGGCAGCUUGGUGUCCUUCGCCCUGCUGCGUCUGCUCCACUGCCUCCUGUCCAAGUCGUCCACAGUGUCCGUGACCGCUUACACCCAGAUCCGAGCGCUGGCGGCCGCCAAAGGCCUCAAGCUGCAGACGCUGUUCAGCCAGUAUAAGAACCCCAUUUGCCAGUUUCUGGUGGAGUCGCUCCAUUCGCGGCACGCAUCGGCGCUGACGGAUCACGCCAGCGAAUCGGCCAAUCAGAGAGAGCUGGCUUUGGACAUCCUGGCUCAGAUCGCACACGCCUUUGACUUCCCGGACCUCUACCGCUUCCUCACUCGGACGCUCCAGGUGCUGCUGCCCUACCUGGCAGCGAAGGCCAGCUCCACGGGCUCCGCCCUCAUCCGGACCCUGGCCAUUGAGCUGAAGGCAAACAGGAGAGAGAUUCUGAUAAACAAUUUCAAGUACAUCUUCAGUCAUCUGGUUUGUUCGUGCACCAAGGAGGAGCUGGAGACCGCCUUUCACUACUUACAGAGCGAGACCGAGAUCGAGCUGGGUUCCCUGCUACGACUAGACUUCCAGGGUCUCCACAAUGAGCUGCUGCUGCGUUUGGGGGAGCAUUACCAGCAGGUGUUCAACGGUUUGGCGAUCCUGGCCUCCUUUGCGUCCAACGACGACCCGUACAAGGGUCCCAGAGAGAUCACCACCCCGGAGCACAUGGCCGACUACCUGCAGCCCAAGCUGCUGGGGAUCCUGGCCUUUUUCAACAUGCAGCUGCUCAGCUCCAGCGCGGGAGAGAAGGACCGCAAAAAGAUGGCCCUGACCAGCGUGGUGGCUCUGAUGCGCCUGAUGGGCUCCAAACACAUCAGCUCCGUCAGAGUGAAGAUGAUGACCACGCUGCGCACGGGCCUCCGUUACAGAGAAGACUUCCCUCUGCUCUGCUGCCAGACGUGGGAGUGUUUCGUGAGGAGCGUGGAGCCUUCUCACCUCGGCCCCCUCCUCAGUCAUGUCAUCGUUGCCCUGCUGCCCCUGAUCCCCCUGCAGCCCAAAGAAACGGCUGCCAUCAUUCGCUUCCUCAUCCUGGACAACAGGGAAGAAGUAAACGACUACCUUCACGAGAUUUACUUUCUGCCCGAGCACCCGGAGCUAAUAGACAUCCACACGGUUCUGCAAAAUUAUAAAAAGCUGACGGCCAGCAGCAGCGACCUGGCCUCAGCUCUGCAGCUGUCGAUGAGAGCCGUCCAGCAUGAGAACGUCGACGUGAGGAUCCACGCGCUGACCAGCCUCAGGGACAUGAUGCACAGCAAACAGGAGUGGCUGCUGCGGCAGGUGUGCGCCAGCGAGGCGGUGGAGCCCGUCAUCUCCAGCCUGGUGUCUGUGCUGCUGAAGGGCUGCCAGGACUCGUCCCCCGAGGCCAGGCUCCUCUGCGGGGAGUGCCUGGGCGAGCUGGGGGCCGUAGACCCCGGGCGGCUGGAUCUGUCCCACACGCUCACGCACGGCGACCGCAACACCUUUGUGAGCGGGGUUGAUGAUCCCAACUUUGCCCACGAUUUGCUGAUGGAGCUCACCAGAACAUUUCUGGCCUCCGCUGAUAACGUGCGAGCUCAGGACUCUGCGGCUUACGCCAUCCAGGAGCUGCUGUCCAUUUUCGACUGUCGCGAGGGGAGAAACGACACACCGGGUCGUCGUCUGUGGAGGAGAUUCCCAGAACAGAUCCAAGAAAUCCUGGAGCCCCACCUCAACAGCAGAUAUAAGAGCAGUCAAAAGGAGGUGAACUGGUCCAAAUUGAAGAAGCCCGUGUACCUGAGCAGCCAAGGCAGCAAGUUUUCUGACUGGUCUGCCACCUGGGCCGGGUACCUCAUCAGCAAGGUGAGACACGAGCUGGCCGGCAAGGUGUUCAAAUGCUGCAGCUUCAUCAUCAAACACGACUACAAAGUCACGAUCUACCUGCUGCCUCACAUCCUGCUCUACAUGCUGCUGGGCUGCACCCCUGCAGAGCAGAAGGAGGUAACGGAGGAGAUGCUGGCGGUGCUGACUGAAGGCGACGGCCGAGGAGGAGGCAGCGUCCAGGAGACGGCCUCUAGCCUAUCACAGCUCAGCAUUCAGACCGUGUUUAGCAUGCUGUCACACCUCACCCAGUGGAGCCGGAACAUCCUUUACGCCAAAGCCAAAGUCAAUGAAACUGGUGAUUAUCAGCGCGUGGUGGCCUUCCUGAAGGGUAUUCCUCAGGACGUGCUGGCCAAAGCCUCCCUGCGCUCCAAAGCGUACACCCGAGCCCUCAUGCACUUUGAAGCUUACAUCCUAGAAAACAAAGAGAACAUCCAAGACCACCUGGGCUUCCUUCAGACGCUGUAUGCGGCGAUGCACGAGCCCGACGGAGUGAGGGGGGUCAACGCUCUGAGGAGGGAGGCGCCGUCGCUGCAGGAGCAGAUACUCGAACACGAGAGCAUCGGUUUGCUGCGAGACGCGACGGCCUGCUACGACCGGGCCAUACAGCUGGAGUCAGACCAGAUCGGUCACUAUCAUGGAGUGAUGACGUCGAUGUUGGGCCUGGGGCAGCUGUCCACAGUCAUCACUCAGGUUAACGGCGUCCUGGCCAAUAAGCAGCAGUGGAAAUCAGAGCUGAACACCUACAGAGUGGAGGCCGCCUGGAAGCUUGGCAAAUGGGACUUGCUGGAAGAUUAUUUGAGCUCAGACCAGCAGUCGUGCACCUGGGGCGUGCGGCUCGGCCAGCUGCUGCUGUCGGCGAAGAAGCAGGACGCGGAGAGUUUCUAUGAAAAGCUGAAGGUGGUGCGGAAAGAGCAGGUCGUCCCUCUGUCAGCCGCCAGCUAUGAGUGUGGGACCUACCAGAGGGGAUACGAGUACAUCGUCAGGCUCCACAUGCUCAGUGAGUUGGAGCACGCUUUCACCGAGCUUCGGGAAACUAGCGGCGGCUCCGCCCCCGCCCUCGCCAAGCUGCCUCCUCAUUGGUCCGACCGCCUGGAGAUGACCCAGAACUCUUUCAGGGCCAAGGAGCCGAUCCUGGCCGUGCGGCGUGCCCUGCUCAGCCUCAGGCCGCGGCCUGCGUGUCAGGAGCUGGUGGGAGAGUGCUGGCUGCAGAGCGCCCGGGUCGCCAGAAAGGCAGGACACCACCAGACAGCCUUCAACGCCCUGCUCAACGCCGAGAACACCAACCUGGCCGAGCUGGUCACCGAGAAGGCCAAGUGGCUGUGGUCUAAGGGCGACGUGCACCAGGCCCUGAUCGUCCUCCAGAAGGGCGUGGCCCAGUGUUUCCCAGACGACCAGCUGCUGACCGAUCCUCGCAGCCUGCAGAUCAAAGGAAAGGCCAUGCUGCUGGUCGGGCGCUUCAUGGAGGAGACGGCCAACUUUGAGUCCAACGCCAUCAUGAAGGCUUACAAGGAUGUGACCAACCUGCUGCCAGAGUGGGAGGAUGGGAACUUCUACCUGGCAAAGUACUACGACAAAGUGAUGCCAAUGGUGACGGAUAACAAGCUGGAGAAACAGGGGAACCUCAUCCGAUACAUCGUCACCUUCUUUGGAAAAGCCCUGCAGUUUGGGAACCAGUACAUCUACCAGGCCAUGCCUCGCAUGCUCUCCCUCUGGUUGGAUUUCGGAGCCAAGGUGUGCGACUGCGAGAAAGCUGGACGAGGAGACCGGCUGAUGCGACAGGAGCUGGGGAAGAUCAACGCGGUGGUCGGCGAGCACUGCUCCAACCUGGCGCCGUACCAGUUCCUCACCGCCUUCUCGCAGCUCAUCUCCAGGGUGUGCCACUCCAGCGACGAGGUCUUCAAGGUUCUCAUGACCAUCGUGGCCAAAGUGUUCCUGGCGUACCCCCAGCAGGCCAUGUGGCUGAUGACCGCCGUCUGCAAGUCUUCUUACCCCAUGCGCAUGAACCGCUGUAAUCAGAUUCUUAAGAAAGCCAUCAGCCUCAAGCAGUCUCUGGAGAAGUUUAUCGGAGAUGCUAACAGACUGACGGACAAGCUGCUGGAGCUCUGCAACAAGCCGGUGGACGGUAACAGCACCACCCUCAGCAUGAGCGUUCACUUCAAGCAGCUGAAACGGAUGGUGGAAGAGCCGACCUUCAGCCAAAUCCUCAUCCCGCUGCAGUCUGUCCUCAUCCCGACGCUGCCCUCUACUGGCGGGGCAAACACUAAGCAUGACGCCUUCCCGGGACACUGGGCGUACCUGCAUAGCUUUGAGGAUGGUGUGGAGAUUUUGGCGUCCUUGCAGAAGCCCAAGAAGAUAAGUCUGAAGGGCUCCGAUGGCCGGAGUUACACCAUGAUGUGUAAACCCAAAGACGAUCUCAGGAAAGACUGCAGGCUCAUGGAGUUUAACUGUCUCAUCAACAAGUGCCUCCGCAAAGAUGCCGAGUCGAGGCGCCGGGAGCUGCACAUCCGCACCUACGCUGUGAUUCCCCUCAACGAGGAGUGCGGCAUCAUCGAGUGGGUCAACAACACGGCUGGGCUGCGACACAUCCUCACCAAACUCUACAAGGAGAGAGGUGUCCACCUGUCGGGUAAGGAGCUGAGGAAGCUUAUUUUACCAAAAACAGCCGCCUUUGAGGAAAAACUGCGAAUCCACAAGGAGGUGCUGUGCGCUCGACAUCCACCCGUCUUUUACCAGUGGUUCCUCCAAACGUUUCCUGACCCCGAGUCAUGGUACAGCAGUCGCUCCGCGUACUGCCGCUCCACUGCUGUGAUGUCCAUGGUCGGCUACAUCCUGGGGCUCGGCGAUCGCCACGGAGAAAACAUCCUCUUUGACUCUUUCACUGGGGAAUGUGUUCAUGUUGACUUCAACUGCCUCUUUAACAAGGGGGAGACCUUUGACGUGCCCGAGGUAGUUCCGUUUCGGCUCACCCAAAACAUGGUCCACGCCAUGGGGCCCAUGGGUACAGAGGGCUUGUUCAGACAAGCCUGUGAGGUCACACUGAGACUAAUGAGGGACCAGAGAGAGCCACUCAUGAGUGUGCUGAAGACCUUCCUUCACGACCCGCUGGUUGAGUGGAGCAAACCAUCCAAAGGGCUGGUGAAAACCCAGGCCAACGAGACAGGGGAGAUAGUUAAUGAAAAGGCCAAAACACACGUGUGUGACAUCGAGCAGCGUCUCCAGGGGGUCAUAAAGAGCCGAAAUAAAGUGCUGGGCCUCCCCCUGUCAAUAGAGGGACAUGUGCACUACCUCAUCCAAGAAGCCACAGAUGACAAAAUGCUUUGUCAGAUGUAUUUGGGUUGGGGUCCCUACCUGUAAAACGUUAGAUACACAUUGAAGUUCAUUAUUGUUAAAGCACUUUUAAAUAUGGGAGUUUCUAUUGUUUAGUUGACAUUCCCAUUUUUGUAGAAACCGUCUUUCGUUUGAAUUUGUUUUUUGUGCUGUAUUGUUUUGUUGUAAUAAAAGAAUCCUCUGUUGGUAAA